AUGUUAAAAGCAGAAAGUAUUAAAAACGUCACGAAAAUUAAGUACAUAAAUGCAUGUAAGGCUGACUGGUUGCAGUAUAAGACACGUAUAAAGAGAAAGCUUGAAGGCUUUAUAUUACCAGAUGACCACCAGUCUGCGUACGACGCUUUGAUCGAUAUUAUUGACGAGGCAACUAAUAAGAGUAUCCCGUUUAUAAAAAUAUGUGAAAAUCCUCUUCGCCAACAAAGGUUCACUCCUAGACCAUAUUGGAAUCCGGAUAUCUUAAAAGCUGUAGCGGAACGACGUCGGGCACUUGCUGUUUUUAGAAGAAACCACACAAAACAAGGUCAGUCUUUGUGCGCCAUUGCGCCAUCUUGUGCAUUAAUUUUCUUUAUUAAUGUGGUGCCAUCAAAUGCUCAAAACGAGGAGGCGGAUCAGCCAGAGCUGCUGUACGACGUGCGCGCCAACUUUACGCUGCGCUGCGAGCUGCCCAAUGAUAACAGUUUGGCCUACGUAUGGACGAAGAACGAUACGAAUGUUGAGGAGAUAUGGGAUCUGAAGGACCGGUACAAGUUGGAGCACGGUGGUGCAGAGUUCAUUAUUCCCAGAAGUGUAGAAGAUGACUUCGGUAACUACACGUGCGGCCUCAGUGGCACCGAAGCUGUUCAGCGUUGGGCAGUUCGCGGUCGCGCCUUCACCAAGCUGCCGGCCAACACUAACGUCGUGGAGGGUCAGAAGCUCAAGCUGCAGUGCAAGGUUAUAGGCAAGCCGUACCCGCGCGUGCUGUGGACGUACAGCAACGCGUCUGAGGGCGAGAACGCGAGCGACGUGCGCCAGGCGCUGGGCGAGCGCGUGACGCUGCGGCGCAGCGCGCAGGGCGUGGAGGACGGCGAGCUGCUGCUGGACGCCGCGCUGCGCUCGGACGCCGGCCUCUACUCCUGCACUGCGCCCGUGGGGCCCGCCGGCGCCGCCAACGUAGCCACCACCACGCUGCGCGUCAAGGACAUGUACGCGGCGCUGUGGCCCUUCCUCGGCAUCUGCGCCGAGGUGUUCAUCCUGUGCGCCAUCAUCCUGGUGUACGAGAAGCGCCGCACCAAGCCCGACCUCGACGACUCCGACACCGACAACCACGACCAGAAGAAGUCGUAA